UUACCAACGGCAGACACUCUUAUUGGUAGCUAUUUGGAGAACGAUCCUUCUUCAAUCCGUACCAGACACAUCCGUCGAAGGACACGUGCAAACUCGCAUUCGGUGAUAGAGGCACACGGCAUAUGCCGUGUUGGUUCAUCGAUCAGAAGUGAAGGAACUUUAGUUAGGGAUAACCCUUUGGAUAACUAACUCUUACCAUGUGUUCUUCUGGUUCAUGGAGUUUAAUAAUAAUUGUAAUACUCGGGAUUUGUUAUGUAUGGAAAACUGGAUUUCUCAUGUGGCCACGUUCUACUAGUGUUAGAGCUACGGCGUCGAUAAGAUUAGAUCUUAGUUUGCCUACAACGGCUUUAUCGAUCAAUCGUCAUAUCUUCAAUUCGACAUCGGCUGGAAGAACGAAUGAUAAAAAUCGUAAAAGGUAUCGUGACACGGUAUCAAGAUAUAUGCUUAGACUUUACCAUUUACGUCCGGAGCAUGACGUUGUCAGAGCACUUCAGCCUAUUCACAUAUCGGCACCUGUAACCGAUGGAGGAAGGAUCGUUGAGUUUUCUCUACCGUUAGUUGAUUCACAGGAAACAUUGGAAACCGCCGAAUUGCUUGGUACCGCGGGUACAAUAUUUAGAGUAAGGAGCAUAGAUGAGAUUUCGAGAAAGACGACUCGGGAAAAAAUGUCAAGGUCAAGAAGGGAUGAAACUUGGAGAGCCUUCAACGUAACAUCAGCGGUCGCUAAAAGAAACGGGAAUCUCGUUAGAUUACAUGUACAUGGAAGGGUCUCUUAUAGGCCAAGAGCUGACGGGCCAAUUUUGUUGUUGAGUUAUAGGAAACCAAAGAGAAGGAAGAGGUAUCGUCGUUCAACGUCCUUGGAACAGGACGAUAACGAGGAAAAUAUACGUUGGGAGGAUGAUAGUCCUCGACGAAGGCGUAGAAACUCUUGCAAAAAGCGUCCACUUUAUGUUGACUUUGCUUUGAUCGCUUAUGACGAUUGGGUCGUGGCACCGCCGGGAUACGAAGCGUAUCAAUGCGCUGGAAAGUGUUAUUACCCGUUCGGUGAUCAUCUCAGUCCGACGAAACAUGCCAUAGUUCAAACCCUCGUACACGGUGCUCUUCAACGUACCGAAAGUAUAAAUGGUAAUAAACCUGUCGGAAGAGCCUGUUGCGUUCCAACGAGAUUGGCACCCACGAGUUUGCUCUAUCUCGAUUCAACUGGUACUUUAACAUAUCAGUAUGGUUACGAAGAUAUGGUGGUAGCGGAAUGUGGUUGUCGGUGAUCAUCGUAUAAGUCGUUUUUUCUUUUUCUUUUUUUUUUCUUUUGUUUUUUUUUUCUUUUCUUUUCCCCCUCCCAUCC